UUAAAAUUAAUUAAAUAAAGGGGAGUGGAAUAAUUAUUAAGGAAUGGAAUAAUCCGCCUCUAUAUAAUUUUUUUAAAUUCUUGAAAAUGACGCCAAAAUUAUCAUCAUAUUUUUUGGCGCUUAAUUUUCUCAACAAACAACAUCAUUGAUCAUCAUCAUAUCCAAUAAUCUUAAUUGUUAUAUUGUUUACAUUUUGAUAAAAAGUUAAAGACAGACACACAGAAUAUUUAAUGCUGAAAAUAAAUUAAAAAAUAAAAAAAAUAAAAAUGUCUAAACUAGAAGAAGUUGCAAAACGUGAUCCAAAAGAAUUAUGGUCAUAUGAAGAGCCAAAAUGUGAACCAGAAAAUUCAAGAAAAAGACAAAGAGAUCAUAGUCGAGGUCGUGAUGAUGAAAAAGUAUCAAGAAAUCGUCAAAGCAGUGAAUCAAGUAACAGCACAACAUCAUCAUCAAAUGACAAAAAAAAAAAUGAAUAUGAAACUGAUCCAAGUGUAUUAGCAAGACGACAAAAAGACAUUGACUAUGGAAAAAAUACAAUUGGAUAUGACAGAUAUAUUCAAGAAGUCCCCAGAGAUCAGAGGAGCAAAGAUCAUCCAAAGACACCACAAAAGUAUGGAAAAUACAGUCGAAGAGGCUGGGAUGGUUUGAUCAAACUUUGGAGAAAACAACUUCAUCAUUGGGAUCCAGAAGAAAAUGAUAAAAUAAAAAAAGAAAAAGCUAAUGAAGAUGAUAAAAAAGAUAAUGAACCUGAAGAUAAACCAACAGAACAACUGGACCAAGUUGACAUUAAAUUAGAAAAAAAUAAUGAACCCAAGAAACAUGAUGAUAAUGAUGAUAAUGAUGAAAAAGUUGAAAACAAAUAAUUCAUUGUUAGAUAAUAAAU